GUGAAUUAACGCGACCUGGAAACUUGCCGCGCAGUAAUUGUAUCGUUCUUCCUGAUGUGUGACCUGGGCUUCAAUUCCUGUGGUAUUAUGGGUGUAACUUCAAAUCUAUUGUUAAAAUCCUCUGUGUAUUGAUGCGAUCGAUGAUAAAUCGAUGUUCUUGGAUUUUCGGCAACAAUAGCAAUAUUGUGUUCCGACCAGCCUGUACGAGCAUGCCUAGGGGUUUUGAUGAUGGCGAUGGAUCCAGUUUGCUUGAAUUUUCGCACCAAAUUCCAAAUUGUCCUCUCACAAGGCCGAUUUUGAGCGCCAAAAAAUUCACGUAAAGCACGAAAUGUAUUCUUCCUUGAUCGGCCGUUUUCAUUAUAGGCUUGGAUUAUUUUCACACGUUGUUCGGUCGUAAAUUGCUCCAUGACGGUUUUGUUUAUAUUUUGAUGUUAGAAAUGGCACGUUGUCG